GGGCGCGGCGGGGCGCGAGGGAGGAGAGCGGGAGCGGGAGAGGCGAGCGCGCCGGGCAGCCGUGCGUGCGCUCUGCUCGCCGCCACCUGCUUGUCCGCGAAGCCCGAGCCCAGGACCAGCGCAGAGCCCAGAGGGAGCGUGGAGAAUCGUGGGGUCUAGAGCCGGGGGCGCAGCCCGGAGCCCGGGUGGGCGUGAGCCGAGUUCCUCGGGGCGGCGCUUCCUGGCCAGACGGCACCCCGCUAGCCGGCCUCCCGCGCCCCCCGCCAGGGCUCCUUCUCAUCCCUCCCCGCCUGGACUUCCAGCCCAGGGGCGCGGGACAGAGCCGCGGACCCGGCGCGCACCAUGCGUCUCAACAGCUCCGCGCCGAGCGCUGCGGGCGCCGACCUCUUCCCGCGUCCGCAGGUGGGGCUGGACGCCGCGCUCCUGGCCCCGGGCUCGGGCAACCGCUCGGCCAACGCGUCGGAGCUCGCGCUGGCGGCGCCGGGCAGCCCCCUGGACGUGAACACCGACAUCUACUCCAAGGUGCUGGUGACGGUCGUGUACCUGGCGCUGUUCGCGGUGGGCACGGUGGGCAACGCCGUGACGGCGUUCACGCUGGCGCGCCGGAAGCCGCUGCAGAGCCUGCAGAGCACCGUGCACUACCACCUGGGCAGCCUGGCGCUGUCCGACCUGCUCAUCCUGCUGCUGGCCAUGCCCGUGGAGCUGUACAACUUCAUCUGGGUGCACCACCCCUGGGCCUUCGGCGACGCCGGCUGCCGGGGCUACUACUUCCUGCGCGAUGCCUGCACCUACGCCACGGCCCUCAACGUGGCCAGCCUCAGCGUCGAGCGCUACCUGGCCAUGUGCCACCCCUUCAAGGCCAAGACCCUCAUGUCCCGCAGCCGCACCAAGAAGUUCAUCAGCGCCAUCUGGCUGGCCUCGGCGCUGCUGGCCGUGCCCAUGCUGUUCACCAUGGGCCAGCAGAACCGGGGCGCUGACCGCCAGCACCCCGGCAGCCUGGUGUGCACCCCCAUCGUGGACACCGCCACCGUCAAGGUCGUCAUCCAGGUCAACACCUUCAUGUCCUUCGUGUUCCCCAUGGUGGUCAUCUCCGUCCUGAACACCAUCAUCGCCAACAAGCUGACGGUCAUGGUGCUCCAGGCGGCCGAGCAGGGCCAGGUGUGCACGGUGGGGGAGCAGCCCGGCGUGCUCGGCACCUGCAUGGAGCCAGGCCGGGUCCAGGCCCUGCGGCACGGCGUCCGAGUGCUACGGGCCGUGGUCAUCGCCUUUGUGGUCUGCUGGCUGCCCUACCACGUGCGGCGCCUCAUGUUCUGCUACGUCUCGGACGACCAGUGGACUCCGUUCCUCUACGACUUCUACCACUACUUCUACAUGCUGACCAACGCGCUCUUCUACGUCAGCUCCACCAUCAACCCAGUGCUCUACAACCUCGUCUCUGCCAACUUCCGCCAGAUCUUCCUGGCCACGCUGGCCUGCCUGUGUCCCCUGUGGCCACGCCGCCGGCGCAGGCCGGCCCUCUCCAGGAAGGCCAACAGCGUGUCCAGCAGCCACACCUUCUCCAGCCACGCCACCCGGGAGACGCUGUACUAGGGCCCCGCGGGGAGGGCGGGAGCCGGACGGAGGCCACCUGGGAGCCGGGGGCGGUCAGCCAGAGGCCAGCCCGGACCCUGGCGCCCGAGGCCUGCUUCUUCUCAGCUUCUCCCCGCCCGCCCCACCCCUCCCUCGUCUCCUCUUGGAAAGCCGGAAAGAAAGAUGGUCCCCUCGCACCCAGAAGGCCUCUUGACGCUUGGCCAGGAGCAGCUGCUUUGUUCCCGGACUAAGGGGCGUGCGGAGGGAGGCGGUGAGCGGGGUGGUCGGGCUGGGCCACGCCUGCCUCCAGCCCAGGCCUGGCAGGCACCAGGGCCCCACCUCGCACCCAGGCCCUCGCCCAGCUGGCCUGGCCGGCUCCGCCUCCCUCCAAGGCAGGCCCAGGGAGCUCCCAGCACUCCAGGCGUAGAGAGUGCAGGGACCCCUUCCCGCCGCGACCCACAGGUGCUGGGUGCCCUGGGGGCAGCUUCUCUGUAGCCGGGAGGACCCAGUCCCUGCCCAGGAGGCCAGAGCCACCUGCUUCCUGUUCCGCUGGAGAGAGACGGUUCCUGGCCUCUGAUUCGCGCCCCAGGUGCCGGCCACAGCCGAGGCUGGGCCGGGCUGAAGCCAGAAGCCAGGCGCUCCGUCCAGGCCCCCGACGUGGGUGGCAGGGACCCCAGGACUUGAGCCAUCGCCUCUGCCCCCCAGGUGUGCAUGAGCAGAGACUAGAGUCAGGAGCGGGUGUCCCAGGUUCUGUGCCACACUCCUGGUCACUACAGGGAGGUCUCCUGACCCCCACCCACCCCAAGGUAUGGGGGCCUCUCUGGCUCGCUGCUGGCUGAUGAGAAUGUCAAAGGAAUGAAACUCAGAUGGUGGAAUUCCAAUCCGGGAUGUGGGGACCGUGGGCAGGCAGCCCUGAGCCCUCACCCCGGACCCCUGGCCACAGCUCAGUCCCCACCUGCCCAUGAGGCCAGAGUCCGGGUGCGCCCCUCCCCACCCCACAGGUCACCUGCUCCUGACCCUUGCUCCCAGCGGCCCAGGAGGGCACCAGCGGCGCCCCCACUGUUGCUAGGCAACGUGGUGGUCUGGGGAGAUGAGUCUGCAUUUCAGAUGCAUCUGGGGACGGAGAAAAACGGCCCAGCCACGAGGAGCCGAGAGCUGGCGCUUCCUGCACGGCGCGGCUUCCCCGCCCCCACCCCCUGCAA